AUGUCGCUCUCCAACCCUAACCUUGAAGGGUAUAACGUUGUGCGCAACUUUUGGCUCUUGUACUACAACAGGAAUAAGGGCACUUUUGUAGCACCCAAGAAAUGUAGCGGAUGCUACAAUGAGGACAGAUUUGUGGUUUGGGCUGUUGCUGUUGCUGUUCAGGCAGUAGUCGAUGGUGCCCGAAUCUAUCCAGAAUUGCGUCCCUUGAUUGCGCCUGGCAUAGAUAUCUUCAAGAAAUAUAAGAAUCCUCACCUCAGAGGAUAUUCUGCUGCUGAAAAUGGUGGAAAUGACAAGGACAUCUACUAUGAUGAUGAUGCCCAAGUAGCCAGUGCCAUGCUUACUGCGUAUGAGGUUACUGGUGAAAAGCGUUACUUGGACCUCGGUAGGGAAUUAGUGCGUUUCCUCAUGGGAGGAUGGAACACCAAUCCCAAUGCUAAGACCAAGGGUGGCAUGUGCUGGCACAUCACUAACCACUACUUAAACGCUUGUACUACCGCUGAAACCGCUAAAGCCUGUUUGCAGAUUCUGAGAUUCAUUCCCAACGAAGCAAAGAUCUACAUCGAUUUCGCAGCCAAAUGUAUCGAUUGGCAGAUCAGAGUCUUGCAAGACCCAUCGGACAAGUUGAUUAAGGAUGGUGUCCAGGACACUUCUACAGACUUUAACGAUACGAAGUGGACAUAUAACGUAGGUACUACGUUAUCUGCUGCCGCUCACUUGUACCAUAUCACCAAGGAUCCUAAGUGGAAGCAGAUAGCUGAUGACUUGGCUGCUGCUGGGAUUAACAGAGGUGUUUUCUUCUAUGACCGUGACUACGACGACGCUCACAGAUACUGGAGAGAUGCAUCCUACUUUGUCCAGUUGCUUAUAGAGGGAUUGGCAGACUACUUGUUGUACGUGGGGAACGAAGCUCCAGAGGGCUUGCCAGAAAAAAUCCAGGAAGAAGUCAGAAGACACUUGGUUAUGUUCUACGAAUACAUGAGAGACCCAAGAGACGGCUUAUAUAUCCAAAGUUUUGAACCCCACAGAACAUACAAGGAAGUCUACGACUCCAAAUACGUCAAGGAGUUUGGUGGCCACAAAGGUUGGGGGUUGAAGGACGAAGACAAGUCAGGAGACGAACCUAUGAAGUGUUUGAUGGGUGGAGGUGCUGCUGCGAGAGUGUUUUUCCAGGGUGCCAGAGUUGUUCCCGAGGUCAAGUAUUAG